AUGGCGUCCAACCAUGCCUCUCUUGAUGCGGCGGCGACAGAGCGCAAAGCUCGUCUUGCGAAGCUGGCGUCGCUCAAACGAAAACAACCCGAACCAGAGGCUCCGGCAGAAGAAGAUAGCCACACCCAGGAUGAUGCCAUGGAUGAUUCUGAGCACGACGUUUCGACGAAGUAUCUCUCGGGGCGGAACUACGAUGCGGAAACCCGUGGCCCAAAGCUGGGAUUCGACCAGAAUCCAUUAGACGGCCAGACUACCCUAGAAGCACAAGCCGCUGAGAUCGCGAAGGCCACGGCUGAGCAGGCAAAUAACGAUGCGGAGGCAGACCAGCCCAUUGAUCUAUUCAAGUUGCAGCCUAAAAAACCCAACUGGGACCUGAAACGGGAUCUGGACGAAAAGAUGAAGAUCCUUGACGUGAGGACGCAAAAUGCAAUCGCAAAGCUUGUUCGUCAACGGAUAGAGAAUGCGCAGCGUGCGGCUAAGGCCAAGAGCAAGGACAUCAACAGCGAUAAGCAGGGCGAGGAGGUAGGCAUCGAAGGAGAGGUGCUGGUAGAGGGGAUCCACAUGCGUGAAAGGGAGGAAGAAGAUGAGAGGGACAGUAAUGAAGACUAA